AUGGCAGCCAGAUCCGCCAUCGCGAACGGCUCCUUCGGCGCCUUUGCGCCGAGGACGAUAUUCAUCAAGGCGUCACCGCCACCACUGACCUUCGCUGAGCGUCGAGCAGUCCUCCAUGCGCUCAAGAGACACUGCCGGAUAGACUUUUUCCGCAAGAUUAGGAAUAACCCAUCUUCGUUCCUAUCAUUGGCAGAAUCCGAAGAUGCUGCUCGGACCCUAAUCGCCCGUAGCCCGCUGAAAUACCAACUCGAGAUAGACGCCGAAGACCACUCUCCGCAAGAAGCGCCCGGGAACGACGACGGCCCUAGUAAUGGGAUGACAUCCUCCUCCGCGCGACCGACAGCUCACGACCACCCCGCAGAAAGCUCAAAAGAGUUCACCAUCCACAUCUUCCCGCGCCACACGGGCAAGAAGCACAACGAACUCAUCGAAGACUCGCCACUACAUGGCCCGUGGCCCGGACGACCGGACGCAACCUCGUUCGUGGCUCGGUACCUCAGACGGGUGAUUCCGGACGGGACGCUCAAGGACGGCCUUGCCGACUGGGAGACGGGGGGCCAGCUGCAAGAGGAUGGCGAUGCGCUGGGGAAAGCCGCGGAUAUGGGACCAAGGUUUUACGUUCAGAGGCGCCAGCGGCGACGAGAGUCGAAAAUGGGGCUCAGUGGUGUGCUCGAGGAUACUUAG